AUGAUGCCAACGAUCACCACCCCUGUAUUAGCAUUCUCAGUGCAUCACUAUUGCAGGAACAGGUGUAAUUGUAUCAUCGCCCUAUCUUUGCCAGUGAAUGGUACCAUUACCACUGUCCUCUCUGGCUCCCCAGUGGUUUUGGCAGCACGUCUGAUGGCCUGGGUCCAGCUACAGGAGCCUCUCCGAUGGAGAGCCGCGUCCUGGGGAACCAAGUGCAACCCCACAGACGAGCGUCCCGGUGAGUGUGUACAUCAGGGGCACAGCUCGGACGGGAAGGCCCCUGCGAGCAGUCACUGCAGAGGAGAAGCUGUGUCACGUGUGCACCGAGGGGUGACGGGCAGCACCCGGCGGGUCUUCCUGUCCCACCUGCAAGUAAGGGUCCUCCUCAUAGGCCACCCUCAGACCAGAGUAAGUGACACAGAGACACCUCCGGGGCAACAGGAAAGGUGCAGCUCGAGGAGGUACAGGUGGAGAGUGUGUGACUCAGAGGUCACAGUCGUGUUCCUGUUGUUACUGUGUUAG